GUGAAUCAGGGUAACCCACUCAUUUCAUUGUUUUCCUUUGAUUAAUGCAUUGUUGAGGUAUUUCAGCAUUUUGGAUUGUGUCUAUUGCAUUACAUUCGCAUUUGCUUGCUGAGUAUUUUGAACCGUUCGAGUGGGGCAUCGCUUAAGUCAGCCAAGAGUUGCCAUUGAAGGGCAUCUGGUCUGCACCAGGCCACCCUGGUCGAAUCUGGGGCAAGGUCAGGGACAAGCUGACAGUUACCACCCACCAGCCAAGCCACUCGCCCAGCCCUUGCCACCUGUCUAGCCACAACCGCUCCCUACAAAGUAGGGGAGUAACCAACCAUCCCUUAAACCGCUCAGCCAUCACCCACUCGGCCAACCCACUUAAACCACCCUUAGCCACGUGUGCCUCAUCAUCAGAAGACACCUGUGUGAGACUUGGUCAGCCCUCCAAGCAAGUGACACCUGUCCUUGACUUGGUCAGCCACUAUCAGGAGACACCUGGUGCCUGACUGGGUCAGCCCACCAGCAGAAGCCACGUGUGCCUGACUUGGUCAGCCAGCCACUUAACCACCUGAUCCCACUCACAACCGUUUUUGACGAUUCAGCUCCUGCACAUGCAUGCAUGCACGCCCAGUCACUAGAAUCUCGCCCCCCAUCAGCCAUUGAUCAACCAUACGAACUCAGCCAACACCACCCAUAGCCAUCACGGUCAAGCAAGUGGCAGCCCACAUCGGUCAUUGAGGAGCAAGAAGGGGCGCGGCAGCUUGGUGUCUAGGAUCUCGACCGAGGACCCUAUCACCAAUUUGGUGCUUUCAUUGAGAGCAGCCACGUGCUUGAAGGUUCAAGAGAGGUUCUCACUUCUCUAUCGAGGUAGGCAACCCAUCACUUGUCUUUGUGAGUUUGGUUGGGGGAUCCACGGAGGAUCCCGACGUUGCUGCAAUUUUUAUUCCUGUUGUUAUUGUUGCAUUGUGAAGUUUGGGGGUUGUGGUAGAGGAAGGAGUAGAUAGGUUUGGAGCGGUUGCCACACUAGAACGUGAGCAACCCAAGGUUGGACUCAUUUUGUGGUUGGGGUCGGUCACCCUCGAAGGUGAAGGACCCACGGUUGGAACCACGAGCCUCCACCAUCAGCCCGUUUUUCACCCCUUUUUACCAACAGUUUGCAAGCCUAAACCAUCUGUGAGGGUCAGUUUGCAAGCCACUCAGCCGUGAUAUAGUAGCAAGAGUGAAUCAACAUGCAAGAGAGGCAGUCUGUAGAGGAGCCCACGGGCAUUUCCAAUAGAGCCCGGCUAGAAGUUCUAGAGGAUCACACCAACAAGAUUACUUCAAUUCUUGAUGGUGUCACCAACAACUUAGCCGAGCUACGUGUGGCCAUGGAGACCUCUAACAAGGAUAACCAGAGGGCCAUGGAGAACAUAAGAAGAGAGACGAACACCACAUUGGAGCGGCUAGAGAGGAGACUAGCCGAGAACCGUCCUGGGACACCACCUCAUGGGGGCGAUGCCUAUGCUGAGGGACUGGAAGCCAGUGUAACCGAGUCCAUGCAUGCGUCGCCAAGGCAAGGUUGGAGGCAUGGUGGCCGUGUAGAGAACCGCCAAGGUUACCAUGAGAGGUGGAUUCCGAAUGCUGCUUUUGAGAGGGAGGACCCAUUGGCUGGCUAUCGGGCUAGGAGCCCUAGUGUUCACCAUGAGCACCAGGAAUUUGAGCACGAGCAAGGCUAUGAGGAGCCUUACCAACAUGAACAACCCGGGCCAUGGAGAAGACAACAUGGUCGUGGCUACCAUGGGCCACAAUUUGAGAGGGACGACUAUGAAGAUAGAAGAGGAAACCGAUAUCAGGAUUGGGGACCCAGGCGCCCUAAGGUCGACUUCCCAAAGUAUAGCGGUGGUGACCCCUAUGAGUGGUUGGACAAGGUCCAUCACUACUUUCUGACGUAUGACAUCCCACGCCAUGAGAGGGUGUCCAUAGCCUGCUUUUACCUUGAAGGCAAGGCUGGAAAAUGGUGGCGUUGGAUAAGGGACCAGUACGACAAGGAUCAUAUGAGGCUGGGCUGGACAGCCUUUGAGAAGGAGCUCCUCAGUCAAUUCGGGCCAUCACCAGUUGUCAAUCACCAUGGGCAGCUGGCCAAGCUAAGGCAAGAGGGCAAGGUCCAGCACUAUAUAGAGGAGUUCAGACAGCUACAGAUCAUGGUUAGGGGCUGGUCGGAGGAAGCCUUGAUAGGCACAUUCAUUGAUGGUUUGAGACCUUGGCUUGCCAAGGAGAUCAAACUUAGACAACCCACAAGGCUACCCGAGGUGAUGAAGAUGGCUGAAAUUCUUGAGGAGAGCCAUUCUAGUGAGCGGCGCCCAACCAAAGACAUGGGGAGCAAGUCUUUCAAGACUGUGCAAACCAAGGUCUCUUGGAAGGGAAGGGACACAUCAGCCACCACCUCCAAACCGAGACCGGAGAUCAAGAAGCUAUCCAGUGAAGAGGUGCAAGAGCGCAUCAAGAAGGGGCUGUGUUUUAAGUGCGGAGACAAAUGGAGCCCCGGUCACAAGUGCAAGGCAGCUCAGGCCUUGUUUAUGUUUGAGGACGAGUCAAGUGAUGAUGAGUCUGAAAGCAGCCAAGAGGAACCCAGCCAAGAGGAGGAAACCGAGGAAACCGAAUCUGGUGGCACACCAGAGGAGGCUGAGCUAUCAUUGAAUGCCAUGGCUGGCAUUUCUAAACCCACGUCCAUGAGGUUGAUGGCAUGGGUGGGCAAGCAUGAAGUGACUUUGCUAGUGGAUAGCGGCUCCACACACAACUUCAUUAAUUCCAGCAUUGUGGGCAAGGUUGGACUUAAGCCGAGCCCUAUUCCCCCAUUUGAAGUGAAGGUGGCAAGUGGAGAAAAGCUGCAAUGUGAGGCCCUCAUCCGUGAAGUGAAGAUGAAUGUUCAGGGGGUCCGUAUUAUGGCAGACUUGCAUGUGCUGCCCUUGGUCGGCCUUGACUUAGUCUUGGGGAAUGCUUGGCUGAAGAGCCUUGGCAGGGUUGUCCAUGACUAUCACAACAUGACCAUGGAGUUUAAACUUGGCUCCAAGAAGCGACUGUGGACAGCCAUUGCCAGUAAGGAGAUCAAGUCAUGCGAGGCCAUUAUGUUUGAGAAACUUUGCAAAGGCGGGGCACAUUGCUUCGCCAUCGUGGUGGCCAAAGAGGAUGUAAUGAGACAAGUCGAGAACAAGGGUCAGGAGGGCACCCAUGAUGAUUUAGAGCUACUGCCCGAGGAAGUCAAGCCUGUCUUAGCAGCCCACAAGGGGGUUCUCGAGGUGCCCACUGCACUUCCACCUCCUAGAGAGUUUGAUCACAGAAUUCGACUAGUGGAUGAAACCAAGCCGAUCAACGUGCCACCCUAUAGAUAUGCCCACUUUCAGAAGGGAGAGAUUGAACGGCAGGUGGAUGAGAUGCUGAAGAGUGGCCUAAUCCGCCCUAGUACCAGUCCCUUUUCUUCACCAGUGCUGUUGGUAAGGAAGAAGGAUGGCACAUGGAGGUUCUGUACGGACUAUAGGGCCUUGAAUGAAGCCACGGUCAAGGACAGAUUUCCCAUCCCCACUGUCGAUGAGAUGUUAGAUGAGCUGCAUGGGGCUACGGUGUUCUCAAAGUUAGAUCUAAGGGCCGGCUACCAUCAGAUUCGAAUGAAUGAGGAAGACAUCCAUAAGACAGCCUUUAGGACUCACUCAGGCCAUUAUGAAUACCUAGUGAUGCCUUUCGGUUUGUGCAAUGCUCCAUCAACGUUUCAGGCUGCAAUGAAUAGCAUCUUCAAGCCACUACUUCGGAAGUUUGUGCUUGUCUUCUUCGAUGACAUUUUGGUCUAUUCUAGGACCAUCGAAGAGCAUAAGCAACACUUGGAGAAGGUGCUAACAAUUCUGGAGGAGCAUCAUUUCUUUAUCAAAGCCACCAAGUGUGCCUUCAUGGAGAAGGAGUUGGAGUACUUAGGCCACUUUAUCUCAGGAGAUGGUGUCAAAGUUGAUCACAGAAAGAUAGAGGCCAUGGUGGAUUGGCCUCUACCCAAGGACAUCUCAGCCUUGAGAGGAUUUCUGGGGCUCACGGGUUAUUACAGGAGGUUUGUCAAAGGCUAUGGGCUAAUAGCCAAGCCACUCACAGCAAUGCUCAAGAAGGACAGUUUCGAGUGGACAACCGAGGCUAGGGAAGCCUUUGAAGAACUGAAGCGAGCCAUGACCAAGACACCUGUGUUGGCACUCCCCAAUUUUGAGAGAUCGUUUGAAGUUUAUACAGAUGCAAGCGGUGAAGGCAUCGGGGCUGUGUUGGUCCAAGACCGAAGGCCUUUGGCCUUCAUUUCCAAGGCACUCGGGCCUAUGAAGAAAGCAUGGAGUACCUAUGCCCGAGAGCUAUUGGCAGUGGUGCAUGCUGUCAAGGUGUGGCGCCCAUACCUCUUGGGGCGCAAGUUUACCAUCAUCACAGACCAGCAGGCCUUAAGGCAUCUAUUGCAACAGAAAAUUGUCACCCCGGAACAACAGAAGUUCCUUGUCAAGUUGCUAGGCUUUGAGUAUGACAUAGUCUAUCAACCGGGCAAGGAAAAUAAGGUGGCUGAUGCCUUAAGCCGCAGGGAGGGCAGCCAACUACUUAAGGUAGUGGGAGAUGAUGAGGAGUCAUCAAACUUGGCACUAAGCGGGGCAGAAUGGCGAGUAUGGGACAAGAUCAGAGAGGCUACCAGAUUGGAUGCAAGGGCACUUGAGAUCAUUGAGCUCUUGGAUGCCCAAGGGCAAGGGGUUGUAAACUACAAAGUGAGAGAUGGUCUGAUCUUCUACAAGAACUAUGUUUAUGUGCCGAACGUUCCCAAUCUCAGGGAUGAGAUUCUAAAUCAUUUCCAUAACAGCAAGGAAGGUGGUCAUUCUGGAUGGUUGAGAACAUACAUCCGAUUGAAGCAUUUCUUCCAUUGGGAGGGAAUCAAGGGUGAUGUCAAGAGACUUGUGGCCAGCUGUGACAUCUGUCAGAAGGCCAAGUAUGACACUAGGCCAGAAGCGGGACUUCUCCAACCAUUGCCAAUUCCAAACAGAAUUUGGGAGGACUUGGCCAUGGAUUUCAUAGAGGGACUACCCAUUAGUGCAGGGCAUGAAGUGAUUCUGGUGGUAGUAGACCGACUAAGCAAGUAUGCCCACUUUAUCCCUCUAUAUCACCCUUAUACAGCCAAGUCAGUGGCUAAAGCCUUUGUCAACAACAUUACUAAGCUGCAUGGGUUUCCAAGGACCAUAGUAUCAGAUCGGGACAGGGUCUUUAUGAGUUCAUUUUGGAGGCAACUAUUUGAAUUGCAAGGCAGCAAGCUUAAGACGAGUUCCUCCUAUCACCCACAAACGGAUGGCCAAUCUGAGGUUGUCAAUAGGACUUUGGAACAAUAUUUGAGGUGCUUCUGUCAUGAAGAGCAAAGGAGAUGGGCAGAUUACCUUCCAUGGGCAGAGUUUUGGUAUAACACCUCUUAUCACUCUUCUAUUGAGAAAAGCCCUUUUGAAGUCGUAUAUGGCAGACCACCACCACUCUUGGUCAGCUAUGAAAAGGGCUCAGCCAGUAAUAAUGAAGUAGAGCAAGAGCUGAUUGAUAGGGACGAGGUACUGGCUAAAGUUAAAAGAGAGCUCAAGAAGGCCCAAACUCGAAUGAAGAAGUACCAUGAUCAGGGACGACGUGCUGUGUCCUUCAAAGUAGGCGACUAUGUCUACUUGAAGCUUAGGCAAUUCGGGCAGAAGACCAUGAGGAAAACUGCAAGUGCAAAGCUGAACCAGAAGUUCUAUGGGCCUUAUAGAGUGUUGGAGAAACUGGGCAGUGUUGCAUACAAGCUUCAGCUUCCUCCAACUUCACAAUUGCACCCGGUCUUCCAUGUUUCCUUACUCAAAAAGAAGGUUGGAGAUCCGAGUCUCAUUGGGGAGGAGUUACCCACAGUGGAUCAAGAGGGAAGGAUCCUUAUGAAGCCAAAGGAAGUGCUCGGAUAUAGGCUACAUCGAAGGGGCCGAGGGAGACCAAGGGUAUGGCAAGCAUUGAUCCUGUGGGAAGGAUUAUCAAGGGACGAGGCAACAUGGGAGGACUAUGAUGGGCUGGAAAAGAAGUAUCCCCAAUUGAUCCUUGAGGGCAAGGAUAUGCUAAAAGGGAGGGGGAAUGUCAAAACCCCAAGGCAGGAGGCCACGGGCCAUGCCUUGACCAGCACCAGCCCAUGCCAGGACAGCACGCCAGCAGCACUGUUGGCGUCGCUUGAUUGCCCACAGACCGUGCCCUUGGUGAAUGCUAGACCACGGUCACCCUCCAUCAGGCAGCGAACAGUCGGCGCGCGCACGCAAGCGAGGUUGUCACACCACACUCAGCGCACGGCUAGACUGCACGCACGCCUAGCGCGCGUGCGCAGCGGGCACGCAUGGGCUAUGCGCGCACACCGCGUGCAUGCAUGGGCUGUGCGUAGGCACAAGGCCCAUGCAUGGCCUAGGCACCCGCGCAGCGCACGCUUGCACAUCCAUCUUGGAAUUGACGGUGCGGCUACCCAGCAGGCCCACGCAUGCUGGCAUGCCGCUCAACGCCCUGGUCUUGACCAGGGCCAUGCUGAUCAACGCCCUGGCCUUGGCCAGGGCCUUGCUGCUCAACGCCUUGGUCUUGACCAGGGCCAUGCUGAUCAACACCCUGGCUUUGGCCAGGGUCUUGCUGACCAACGCCCAGGCACCACAGCCUGGGCCAUGCAGACCAACGCCCAGGCCCCACUGGCCUGGGCCAUGCAGCAGCCUGCCAUGCUUAAGCCAACCACGGUCCAACCCAGCGACUCAUCAAUGGUGCCCAGCCCACACAACCUGGGCCACACAUGCAAGGACCAUGGACCAGCCAAGGCUAGCCCGGCAGGCCAAUCUGAAGACCCACGCAUGCAAGCAUGAAGCCUAUGCUGUGAGUCAUCCUGGCCACCCAGGGGCCACUGACAGCAUGAGGCCUUAACCAGGAGGCGUGGGCCCGAAACCAUUUUCCCUUUGUAAUCGUUUUAAUUGCUUUCUAGUAUAAGUGAGGCAAUAGGCUAUCACUUAGUUUUUAUCUUUGAACAUUUGGACGAAUUUGGCUUGUAAGCCCCCAUAGACACAUUGGUGCUUUGUCACUUAGGCUC